AUGACGUCUCUGUACCAAAGGGCAGGCAAGACUGCCCCGCGGUUUCUACACGACAUAGAUCGAUACGAUCCCGAUCAUCCUCCUGCCUCAGGUCGCAACUUACUCGCCGACACCCCACCUGUAUUCGCCGAUGGAUAUAAUGGUACCCCGGAAUGGCUGUCACCUUCGGCCUGCCAACAUACCUACAAGCUAAAACCGAACCAGACCUCUGUCCUUUCACCGGAACAGAGACGUGGCCGUGGUGCAGUGUCGAUAGUUUCUGCAUUUUGUUCAAAAUGUCGCUGUCAUCUACAAAUGAGAGUUGCCUAUACCGGAAAUGCAGUUCCCAUAGAUAAUCAUUUGCAUCAUCUUGUCUGCCAGUCUGCCAGUCGGAUGAAUGGGACAGUGACACCACAGAGUCAGCGCAUAGAAACUUACUACUAUGCUUGCUCAUAUCCUACGUGCGGCACUACUGUGUCAAUGGAUAUACUGUCUGCUUUGCUUCGCCCGGAAUUCGUGCAGCUUUUGACGGAUGUGGAGCUGGUAAAUAAGCGUGCAGAUGAGGCCAUCGCAGCCCACCCUGACCGUUUAGAAGGAAUUGCUCGACCUCAACCCAUAACAAUACUUACCAAUUUAUCCACUUAUAUCCAUAACGCUCUUUACGACUCACAGCGCAGUAAACCAAUUUCUUCCAUCAAUAAAAGAUUUGUGGUGUGUUUUGGAGUAGACGGACAGCCGUGCAAAGACUUGUUAACAUACCUGGGGUUUUCGUCACCUAAUGAAGGUUUUUGGGACCCUCCAAGACCCGAUACAUCUACGGAGCGGCCUUUUCGGGAUGAGCUAAGUAUAUUCCUCGACAAUGCUAUCCACGAACUUUCAGCACUAAUAGAACAACGGCCACCAUCCGAGAAAAAAAUACCGUACUCUCUAAAUCCACUUAAACUGGCCAAUGCCGAGCUUUUAAAUGCACUCGAAGCUGCCAAUUAUUCGAAGGCAUCUCGAUUGAUUGAAUUUCAGAUGGCUGGAUGGCCAUGUUACGAGGAUCUUGGUGUUUUAGAAGAUAUGUCUUCGGAUCUCAUUAUCGAGGCAUACCAUCGUCAGGUCGCGGUUGAUCCGGGUCAUGGUCCUCGUUAUCUACAGUGUUUGAGACACAUUGCUCAGUUGAGAGGAGGGCCCGAUGCAGAUACCAUUAACGAGGCUGUAAUGUUUGCAUACAGUAAAGGUGCCUACACAACAGAUGACGUGUGGAACGCUUACAGAUACUUUGACCUGAAUCCAAAUGACCCGACUCUGGCAGAUGAUGUCAUUAUAGGCAGAUUCCAUGCAUACCUAAGUUCAACAACGCAUGAAGCUGAAACCCGACAGCAAUUGUUGCGAAUAGGAGAAGCGAGGAAAAGUGAACACAUCAAAUCCGCUGCUGAGGACAAAAUCACUGCCGCUGAACAGGCUCUUGUGUUUCUUGGCGUUGAAGAAAAUACGCCCGACGAUUUUAUUAUAACCAUGUACACCACUAAAGUUAAUGAUAGCCCGAGUAGCAAGCCCGUUGCCCAGAAGGCUCUAUCACUCAUUGCGGAUGCACGUAAUUCAGAAUUUCUGCGACAUUUUCUCAGGACUGGAGAAAGCGGAGUUGGUGAGAUGGACGUGGGCGAUGCAUAUCGAUUACUUCAAAUUCCUGACCGGACAGCCAGUGACGAUUCUAUCAUUGCCGCCUAUACAAUAUGCAUUGAUGACUCGCGUGACUCACCGGACCAAAUGGAGGUCUAUUCACGUGCUUUGCGAAUCAUUGCAAAUGAGAAGAAUAGCUCAAUGCUAAGCAGCUAUGCUACUGGUUCUUCAUUGCAAACAGAUCGAGAUUUAUCCGAGUGGCCGGUUGGUCUUCAGAAUAUAGGCAAUACCUGCUACCUCAACAGUCUCCUUCAAUUUUAUUUUACAGUUCGCCCGUACCGUGAAAUGGUUCUCGACUUCGAGAACAAUAAGACGGAUCUAGACGAAGCCUCUCUGCAUGCGAAAAAGGUUGGAUCUCGUAAAGUCUCCAAAUUUGAGGUGGAACGCUCUCAGAAAUUUUUACGAGAACUUCGGACCCUGUUUCAGAACAUGAUCCGCACCCCUCGACCAUUUGUUCGACCAGAGCAAGAAUUGGCUAGAUUGACGCUCAUCAGCUCUACAAACGAAGCCGAGAUUCGACGAAGGUCCACUAUUUCAGGAAGGAGACCAUUUGGUCUCGGUGAAAUAAAUGGCAUGACUGUUGCUGGGCCACUAGGACCUCCUCAAUCGUCAGAAUCAAGUGGAAAGGAUGCCCCUACCAACGAAAAUACCAUCUCCGUCGAAAGCCAAUCUAAAGAUGCUGCUAUCAGUGAUAUUGACAGUGAGACCACUCUCGUCUCUGAAGCUACACAAUCUAUCCCGCAAGCGCCACCAAAUAUCAAAUCAAAUCAAUCAGAGGGUGUUCAAGAAGCGGUGGAAGGGUCUGGAGGUCAAAAUAAAUCACUGAAUGAGACUUCUGCUGAAGCAAAGCCAGAGGCCGAGUCAGGAGAGCCGCCGAAUAGACCGCCUCCAGUUCCUCCACGUCCUGCAGAAGCACAACGUAGCAGACAGAUCAUUGAAGAAGUGGAACUUGGAGCUCAGCAGGACGUGACGGAAGUUAUCAACAAUGUGCUUUUCCAGAGCGAGUGUGCUAUCCGACCAAGAGGCAUUGCUCCUGAUGGGGAGCAAAUGGACCAAGUCAAAGAUUUAUUCUAUGGGAGAACUAAAUCUUAUAUCACGGCAAAAAGCGGCAUCCGGUCUAAGGAAGAAAUCUGGUCAGAUAUCAAGGUUGAUGUGGCCUCUGGCCCUCGCGACAUCUACUCCGCUAUAGAUGGCGCGUUUGACAUCCAAGAAAUUUCAGUUGACGGUGCUCUUGUUGAGCAGUUUGGUUCGAUUAGUAAACUGCCACCGGUAUUGCAAAUCCAAGUGCAGAGGGUCCAAUUUGACCCUGUCAAAAAGACGUCCUUCAAAUCGACGCACCAUUUAGAAUUAAAAGACACAAUCUACCUCGAUCGAUACAUGGAUACACAAAAACAGGAAAUCAUCAGACGUCGCAAAGAAUGCUGGGAGUGGAAGAAAAAGCUUAAAGAACUGGAUAGUCGUAAAGCUGAAUUGCUACGUUUGAACGAGCCUGAUGGACAAAAUAUGCCGGCAUUGUUCAAAAACACGUCAGAACUUUUGGGCGACCUUUCGUCACUUGAUGACGCGAAUGAUGUUGACAUUGGAAACUCUGAUGGUCCCCAUGUUCAACUUGCGCUGGAAAUGGAGACAUUAUCGCAAAUCUCACAAACAGAGCUAGCUUAUAUCGAGCAAGCUUCAAAGGACACGCAGACGAUGAUUUCCAGCCAGUUCAGUGAUUACAAGCGUCUAGCGUACUGUCUUUAUGCAGUCUUCAUGCACCAGGGUUCCGUCGAAUUCGGCCAUUAUUACAUCUACAUUUAUGAUUUCAAGAAAGAGGUUUGGCGGAAAUAUAAUGACAACGAAAUCACCGAAGUCCGGGACACGAGCGAGAUUUUCGGCAAUCAAGGGCGCGUGAAUCCCCCAACCCCAUAUUUCUUGGUCUACGUGAAUGCAGGCAUGAAAGACAGACUCGUGGAGCCCGUUUGCCGCGAGAUCAUCCCCGAACCCAGCGCCAACCCUACUGGAGGAGAUGAGCCUAACAGUAUCGACGGACCCAUGGAUGUUGACGUGAACCCACCAUCUUACGGAAAUAAUAAUCCUUGGGCUAGGAGCAAGAAUGGCCUAGCAGGUACGCUACCCACAUCUCCUUGGAACCCUUCUCCAUUUAUUCCCAAGAAGAAGAAAAAUCAUCACGUCUUGCCGAUCAGACCCUUCGUUCAAGCUGACCAGUUGCCUCGCGAUUUCUGGUAG